AUGGCACCAACUGCCAUUCGCAACACCAUCAGCGACAACCUUGAGGCACCUCUGAAGUCUCCAAAUAGGUACAAUGCCUUCGCGUCAGAUGUAAAUGACGGAGCAAUCCCUAUCGACCCCCCUCUUAACCCCAAUCACCGGUGGUGGUGGGACAGAUGUGCGCCGCUCCUGAACAGUCUGCUCACCAGCGCUGAGGGGUACACACCUGAGGAGAAGGCAGACCACCUACGCGUCUUCCGUGACGUGGUGGUUCCCUCCUUUGGCCUCCCAACCCCCAAGGCUAAAGUUCGUCCCCUUCUCACUUACGAUGGUUCUACCUUUGAACCUUCGUGGAACUUCACAAAGGGUGACGACGGCGUGAUCCGCUACACCUUCGAGCCUCUUGGCGAUUCCGCCGGUUCGGAUGAGGAUCCCUUCGCCGGCGAGAUUGGCGCUUCCAUGAUCCCCAUCCUCUCUCAGGUGUCAUCUGGUGUCGACAUGCGUUGGUACGAGCAGAUUCUGAAGAAGUGGUUCGUCACACCCGAAGAGGCUGCCGUCGCGCGAUCAAAGAUUCCGUCAUUCGUUAAGCGCAUCCCGCAACUCUUCCUCGCUUACGACAUGAAGCGCUCGCAGCGCACCCUCAAAGCCUAUUUCUUCCCCGUUCUCAAGCACUUCGCGCUCGACGUCACGACAGAGAAACUCGUCUUCGACAUGAUUCGCGAACUACAGCCCUGCGGAGAAGAGCUCUACAAGGUGUCGGAGAAGCUUCAAAGAUAUCUGGCGACAUGCAAGGAGCCAUGCCCGGUGGAGAUGAUGGCGAUCGACUGCGUUGACCCUUCGAAGGCGCGCGUCAAGGUCUACGCGCGAACGACUUCGAACUCCAAGGCGGUGCUCGCCGACGUUCUCACUUUGGGAGGAACCCAAACCGACGAGGCGACGAUGAAGGGUGUCGAAUACGCAGAGAAGGUCUGGCACUUGUUGCUUGACGAGCCCGAGGGCAUGGCCGCGACCCAGAGGAAGGAUGCAAGAGACAUGCAAAACCUCCACAAGGGCAUCUGCUUCGCGUUCGAACUCAAGCAAGGCGACGAGCGCAUCGACAUCAAGGCUCAUUUGCCGUGGGGACAGACCGCGAGGAGCGAUGCUCAGACCAUCCACAACUUCACGCAGGCCCUGCAGAACGUUGGAUGGGACGAAUCUGCAGAGAAGUUCUCUAGGGGCGCUCUAGAAAUAGCCAAGCUACCGGGUAGAGACUACUCAAAACCUGGUGGACUGUCCUACGUUUCCUACAACUAUGGACCGAAGGGCCUGUACAUGUCAUCGUACUUCUCUCCAAAGGUCCAAGAUAGCUAG